AUGGUCUACUGCAACCUUUGGGACUCCCAGCAGGGGACCCACGCCAAGAAGGCCCUUGCCCAACCAAUUUUCCUUGCUGGGCGGUCCUAUGCAAUCAGGCCUGCUGCGCAACACACCGGGGUUCCACUUUGCCACUGCUGCUGGAAGUGGGGCCACCCCACCGUCGCCUGUAAGGCGAAGCAACUCUCCUGCCCUAUCUGUUUGGGUCCGCAUGAGCAGAAGGAGCACCGUCAACAUGCGGGAUGUUGCAAGGGGAACACGAAAGCAAAGCCCCCUGUGCCACCCACCCCUCAUGACCAGCCCUGCCCCCACAAGGGCCGCUGCGUCAAUUGCCACAAGGACCAUGCCGCCAACUCGGCUUUGUGCAAGUUCUGGGCCCAUCGCUACGACCGUGAGUGGAUCAUGGCCGAGUAUCGUCAGACUAAUGUUGGGAAACCAGCAGGAUCUAAGUAG